AUGCUUACUCUCAAACUCUUCGUUUACACAGUAGUGAUAUUUUUUGUUUCGCUCUUCAUCUUCGGAUUCCUAUCUAAUGAUCCAGGACGUAAUCCUGGACGCGAGGAAUAA